AGCAAACACGAAAAACCUAACCCUCUCAACAUCAAAUUCUCAUUCUCUCCAUCGCAGGCGUCAUCAACCCUACUCCGACCAAUCUCCGGCGUCCGACCUUUAAAUCAUCAAAAUGAAUAGCAAAGAAUGAGGAGCAAUCGGGGACGAUCAUCAUGUCAGUCUCCUACUCAGACUGCUUUUCCGACCUACUCUGCGGCGAGGACUCCAGCACCAUAUUCUCCGGCGAUGACCUGCCGGAAUGCUCGUCGGAGAUUGAGUCUCAGCAUCCCCCGGAGGACUUGGAGGAGUCGAUCAUCGGACUCAUUGAACACGAGAAACAAUACGUUCCGGGCAUCGAUUAUCUAGAAAGCUUUCAAUCACAAUCCCUCGACGCCUCCGCUAGAGCAGAUUCCAUUGCAUGGAUUCUCAAGGUACAACGUUAUUAUGGUUUUCAGCCAUUGACGGCGUAUCUCUCCGUCAACUACUUUGAUCGAGUUCUUUAUUCACGCCGCUUGCCGCAAACAAAAGGGUGGCCACUACAAUUAUUGUCUGUUGCUUGCUUGUCAUUAGCUGCAAAGAUGGAGGAACCUCUUGUUCCGCCUCUUUUAGAUCUUCAGGUUGAAGGAGCAAAAUACAUAUUUGAACCGAGGACAAUCGGUAGAAUGGAGUUUCUUGUGCUGAAUACAUUGGAUUGGAGGCUUCGAUCUAUCACGCCAUUUAGCUUUCUGAGCUUCUUCGCUCAUAAAGUCGAUCCAACGGGGACCUAUGCUGGUUUCCUUAUUUCGAGGGCCAACGAUAUUAUUCUGUCCCACAUACAAGAUGCUAGCUUUCUGGAGUACCGGCCAUCAUGCAUUGCUGCUGUAGCGAUCCUUAGUGCAGCCAGAGACCUCCCAAUUUUCUCUUUUCUUAGUCCUGAAUACGCUGAAUCAUGGUGUGAUGGACUCCACAGGGAGAAAAUAAUCAGCUGCUACGGCGUAGUGCAGCAAAUAAUUAUCGAUAAUAGGCCAAGGAAGAGCCCGAAAUUUUUACCCCAGCUUCGAGUCAUGUCUCGGAUGAGUCUAGCAUCCACCGAAUCAUCAUCAUCGUCAUCAACAUCAUCAAACUCAUCUUCUUCAUCAUCAUCAUUAUCAUCCUGUAAAAGGCGAAGAUUAGAAAAUUACUUAUGGACAGAUGAUGACAAAGGAAGCUCCGAGUGAGA